CCAAACUUUUUCUCCUCAGUCAGCUCUGACCUCUGGUGUCCGUGUUACUUCCGUGUUCCUCUCACCUGUUACACCUGUAUUACUGCGCUGUAGAGGUGCGACUUCAGCUCUGUGGUGCACCUGCUGCCUUAUUGUGCCAUGACCGACGAGCUCAUAACGUGCGAGCUAACAUGCCCGACUUCUCCCGUCGACCAAAAGAAGUCUUUUGACGACGUGAACAUCGAGGACAUGGAUUUCGAUCAGCCCAUUUUCUCUGUUUUGAGCGACGGGGUGAAGGAGCAACAGGAGGCGGGGGACAAGAGCUCCUUAGACGGCGGCGGGGAAGCGACCUCACUUGGACUGAGCACCAGCAUCACCACCGACACCGAGUCCGGGAUCUUCUCCGGUGAAUGUGAGCUGUGUGUGGAGCAUGAGGCCGAGUUGGACUGGUUUUGUGGCACCGAACAGAAACUCAUCUGCUCUCACUGCGCUGUCGUGGGCCCCUGCCACGGACACACCGUGACCCCUUUGGCUACCAGAGUUACAGCAGUCAGGAAUCAACUGGUGGAUGUGUGUGAGAAAAUACAGCUGCAGGCCCUGAGGAUUGAGAAGUUUAUCGACCAGACGCUGACGGCUAAAGAGCAAAAGCUUCAGGCAGCAGCGAGCAGGGCGAGGGAGCAGGUCCUGGCUCAGGUCAGCGCAGCACGUGAAGCCCUGGAGGAGGAGGAGCAGCGCCUGUUGGAGGAGGUACAGAGAGAGGAGGAGCGGGUGGAGCAGUGUCUCCUCACCCAGAGAGCCCACUGGAGCAAGGCACUCUCCACUCUGUCGCAGACACGCUCCGGUCUCGUGCACACACUGACACACACUCCGGACGCACAACUGGUGACCAGUGUCCAGGAGAUAGCUGAAAGGGUGGAGGCAGCAGAGGGGGUUGGGGGGCCCUGUGACACAGACCAGCUCAACCUGAACGCAGCCUGCAGCGACAGUAAGCUGCUCAGAGGGCUGUGGGCCUCUGCAGUGCUGCUGGGGCCAAACGGUUACGGAUCCACCUAUUUGAAGUUCGAUGAGCGCACCGUGAGCCCCCUCCUCAUGCUGUCUGAAGAUUUCUGCACUUUAACCUUCCGCCAUAAAAAACCUCGCCUGUCUCCGCCCUACGACCCUUCACGGUUUGACUGUUGGCCCAACGCACUGGGGUCACUGUCCAUGUCCUCCGGCACUUACAGCUGGGUGGUGGAUGUUGGGGAAAGUGCCGCCUUUAAGGUGGGGGUCUGCUACACUUCUCUGGAGCGCAAAGGCUCCGGGAACGAGGCGCGGCUAGGCCACAACAAUAAAUCGUGGGUGCUGUCCCACAACGAUGGGGACUAUUCUUUCUGCCACGCAGGGAAGAAGGUGCCAAUGCAUGUGGUGAGGAGACCCCAGAGGAUCGGCCUGCUGCUGGACUGGCCGACUAAAACUGUGUUGUUUUACGAGCCUGACUCCUUUGCUGUACUUUACACCGUCACACAUCCGUUCAGUGGGCCGCUACUGCCGGCGUAUGCUGUGGCUGACCGCAGUAUCACUAUACUGCAUUGACAGAGUGCACACCGAGAAACUGAGGGACCCUAAACAUGUGAAGUAUGCAAGAUAAAGACCACUUUCUACAAUAUAGUAAUAACAAUCAUCAAUCUGUGCAAUACAGCUGAAGAGAUGAAAAUACGGGUUAGAAAGAGAGGGGAUGAUAUUUUUCCUCCAAGGGGUCAAGGGUCAUAGUCACUGAGGACUUUGCCUCUGUAUGUUCUGUAUGUGGGGUGUCUGCUCACCCCAGUAGUACAUUUUUAUUUAUUCUUUAUCUAUUCUUAAGUAGCUCCUGAUCAUUUUAUUAGUGUUAAAUAAUGUAGACGACUCAUCUGUUGAUUUUAUUAUCCAGAAGUGCGACAGUAUUUUUUGAGUGACGAUGAUUGUUUUUGUAAAAGUUAGUUUUUAAAAUAUUUUAUAAUAAGAUCAGUUUUAUCUGUUUCUGAAGCCUCCCAAAGACUCUUCAUAAAAACAUAAAUACACUAGAUCAAUCAGGACUGUUUGAAAGAUUGUAUAACAGAGAAUCCAAUUUGGAAAUAUCUGAAAUAAAGAUGUUUUUAAUGGAAGUUAAAUACUCAGUGAAUUUAAAUAAAUGGUCUUAAUGCAGUAUGGCAUUUCACUGGAAACACAAAUCUAAAUUGUUUAAUUCUGUGAUGUUUUAAAUGCUAAAAAGUCAAGAGUUUGUCCUUUAAAAACACAGAAACGUUUUGUUUAUUUGAACUUUUCAACUUGUUAAACUGUCAGUGAAGUUUAUUUUUCGAAGAACUGUAAAUAUGAGUCAUCCCUCUCAAACAA